GGUAGAUGGUCCGCUGAACCCCAAAUUUGAGGUUCGAUGUAGGGGUUUUUCUUUUUGCCCAACCAUGAAUCUAUCAAACCUCACCUCUACAUUCUUACAUGACGAAUGAUCCAACAACGCCACAAGAAGUGCCUUGACAGAUCCAACAGCAGAUAUGUCAAAAAAUAAUGUCUUGUCUACAGACGAAGCCAUUGAGAAUCUCAUUUCCACUUUCAACGAGCUCAACAGCAAUUGUAUCGAUGAACUCCACAACGAACCAAGCCCCCUAGAAUUCAUGCGAUAUGUUGCUCGCAACACACCAUUCGUGAUAAGGGGCGGGGCUUCGUCAUGGAAAGCCUGUCAGGAUUGGAAUUCUGCGUAUCUACUAUCUGUGAUGAAGGGGCAGAAUGUGAAUGUUGCUGUCACGCCAUAUGGCAAUGCUGAUAUGCCUACCGUGCCAUCCGGCGAAGGAUCACUGGUCUUUGCAAAGCCUCACUAUGAGGACCAGCCCUUUGAAGAGCUACUUAAGUAUGUAGCACGACAAGAUACAGAUCCUGACUUUCCUCCUGAUGCCGAAGUGCGCUAUGCCCAGACUCAAAAUGACAACCUUCGCGAAGAGUACAUCACCCUUUUCUCAGAUGUUCAAAAGGAUAUUCCUUUUGCAAGAAUAGCACUUGAUAAGAGCCCCGAUGCCGUAAACCUAUGGAUCGGUAACUCCAAAUCUGUUACAGCCAUGCACAAAGAUAACUACGAAAACAUCUACGUACAGAUCCUGGGAAGAAAGCACUUUGUCCUGCUGCCUUCUCUAUGCCACCCCUGUGUCAACGAGCAACCUCUCAGGCCCGCAACGUACAUGCGCGGAGAAAAUGGCAUGGAGCUAAAGAUGGAUCCUACUAAUGAUGAUGCUGUUCCUUUCGCAACUUGGGAUCCGGAUAAGCCUGAGCAAAAUGCUACAAAGUUUUCCCAUCUUGCCCGGCCUUUACGAGUAACAUUGAAUCCUGGAGAUAUGCUUUAUCUUCCUGCUAUGUGGUAUCACAAAGUGCUUCAAUCGUGCGCCGAGGAAGACGAAGGAUUCGUCCUCGCCGUCAAUUACUGGUACGACUUGGACUUUACAGGUCCACUUUAUCCUACAUCGACUUUUGUUCGUGAUAUAAGCCUGGGAAAUAGAAAGUAGUCUAGAAACCCGCCCCACACAGCAUAAAACCAAAACACCAGAUCUAUAUCCACGCCUCAACCCCUUGCCACCUAUGAUUAAUUCUUCUUCUUGGAAAUCCUCUUCUGCGCUCGCAAUUCCUUCUUCAUGCGCGGAUCAACGAUACGAUAUCUACCCUUAACUCCCUUAGGACGGCCCUUGAUGCCCCGGUUGAGACCGCGGGCAACAACGAGCUUGGCCUGUUGCUUCUUGGGUUUCUUUGCUGCUUUCGAGAUAAGGCGUGAGAUGCUAUCAGCCUUCUCCUUCUCUGUCAUGUUUUCGUCGUUGUUGAGUAACUCUGACUUCUUCUUGAGCUUCUCCAGCUUCUGCGCGGCCUUGAACUUCUUGCGAGCCUUGGCCUCGCGCACCUUCUUGAUGGGGCGAGCAUUGAAAGCACGCAUCUUCUCCUUGAUCGCCUGCGCAGCAGCUUUGCUGAUAGGUUUCUGAAGCUUGUCAUGUCGUGAUUCAUCUUCAACGAACCAAUCUGGUAGACCAUCGCGGUCACGGAAGGCGUACUUGUUAUAGCCGUCAUCAAUAGCAUCAUACGUGCUCUUUUGGCCAGUCGCUAGUUGAUGUGCGAGGGACAUGGCCUCAGCCGUGAUGAUAUCGAUAUCUGUGUAAAUGUCAGUACUGCGUGGUAUUGUGUGAGAAGUCUUGCACUUACCGGGUCUUCCAUCGGCUCUUCGGGUGUCCUUGUCCCAAUCAUCAUCUUCAUUUCGCUUGACAACCUCGAAACCAUCCUCGUUGUCUUCCAUCUCGGAAUCAGAGUCAAUGCCGGCCGCUUCUGUCUUUGUACGUUUGGUGAGAGCCUCAGCUUUGCGAUUCUUCGCUUGUUGAGCCACAAUGGCUGCUGCAUCUCGGUUGACUUCUUCGUCCGCACUGUCCUCAGCAGCAUCUUCCUGCUCAGGUAAGAUUCCGCUUAUGCCUGAGAAGACGUCUUGGUUGAAAAAAGCUGUUGCUCGCUUCGAUAAGCCGUUCGCUCCCUUUGAAGAAUCCAGAUCGCGGAUGAGUCCCUCUGUAGGAGCUUCGUCUUCUUCGUCAGAAGAGGAAUCGUCCUCCUCAAGCUCCGAAGAGUCAUCUUUCUCAUCCGCUUCCUCGCCAGACAGGCCAUCCCACUCAUCAUCACCAAAAUUCUUACGAGCCUUUUUCGCUCGGUACUUCGCGUCAACCUCAGCCUUGCGCUCCUUAUACUGGUCGUACAUGGACUCGAGCUCUCGUUCCAGGCGGUCCUCUUCGGGGUCACUCUCAUCGUCUGUCUCUCCUGAUGAACCAAAGCCACUGUCGGCCUCCUUCUGGGUCGUUUGGGUGGGAACAAUCAUCUUGCCACGAUUCAAUUUUCGCAUGGCGUCUGUUUUGUCGACUUUCUUGAGUGAAAACAUUGCCCCCUCGCCAAUUGGUCCGCUUUCUUCUAGACCGAUGUCGAAAGGCGUACUCAUGUUGAGUUGCAUGCGCACUACCUCGCGUUGUUUCCGCUCAUUUUCCCUUCGCUUCUCUCGUUUUCGUUUAGUGUUUUCUCGUUCCUUCAUGUUUUGGAGUUCUUCCUGGAUCUUGAGUUCUUCAUCCAUUGACUCAACUUCAGCCACCUCCUCGGAUUCCUCCACCGUUGCGGCCUGUGGGGUUUUGAGUUGGAAGAUGUCCCU